AUGUCUGCCCGACAGCUGCGCCGCUUGCAAAAUCUCGUUAAGGUCUCAACAGGAGCCGAUGCCGACGACGACAAUGGCAAUGGCGCGGAGGAGUACCCCUCGACGAUGAAGAUGCCCAAAAGCGGCACUAAAAAAGCCAAAGGGCAGCGAGGGACGAGUGACCAACAGGCGCAGCGCCGAGAUCAUGUCCACCAGAAGCCAGAGAAACCACAACCCCAAGGGGAGGAAAAAGAACAACAGCAAAAGCAGCAGCAGCAGCAGGUUGUGACGACGAGCACCGCCAAAAAUGAGCCUCGUAAAAUGAAGAGUGGAGGAAGGGACGACAACGGGCCGGCGGCACAAUCAAGAGCGAUGAAGAAUGCCCCAGCCGAGGAGAAGCCGGUGAUAGAAGCAGAGGACGCCACGGUUAACAGUAGUCAGCAAGAGGUGAUGAAGAGACCACACAGGAAGAAGCAGCGCGGCAAGAACAACAAGGCGAGACGUCGCGAAGAAGAGCUGGAGGAGGAGCUGCUGCUUGAGGCGGUUCUUCGGCAGCGGGAAGGAGAUGCAAUUGGAAACAGUAGGCAACGUGAUGCAGGCUGCAGCGCGGAGGAAGAGACAGACUUGCUCGAGUUGCUCUCAAUAUGCGACCCCAAAAUGCUCGACACGCGGCUGGAGCGCAUCUGGCGCUUCGGCGUGGGGGCAGUGGAAGACGUUGGCGACGGCCGUGUGCCGCAGCGGCGGGCUGAUAGUAGACCAUCUUCGCUGCUCUUCGCCCAACACUUGCACACUCUGCCGCGGUUCCGACACAGCGUCUUGGCGACCCCUAACCGUUACUGCUGGCCGCCGUACUACAGCCUCGGAGAGUUCAUUGCAGCAAAAGAUGUGAAUAACAACAACAAUGGUGAAGAAAGCAGCAGCAACAGUAGUAACAGUGAUGGUUGUGGUUGUGGUUGCUGUGGUGGUGGUGGUGGUGGUGGUAGUGGUGGUUGCUCUCCUGUGCACUACUUGUACAAUGCCACUCCCGAGGCGCGCCGCGCGGAUGCGGCUCUGGCGUUCUGCGAGUCGCACCAUGGAGGUCUCGCGGGUAUCAUGGAGUGUAUUAGUUCUGCGCCGUAUCACAUUCCAACCUUAAUGGUUGCUAGCAGUGCAUUUGAGACGAUGGGCGAUGUGCCGCGCACACAGGAAGUCAUCGACCUCGCUCUCUACCAUGUUGGUGUGCUGCUUUCACGAUUCCCGCUGCGGCAGACAGUGCGUCACCGCUGUGUGCCGUUUUGUAUUCCUGCCAACAGGCAGGUGUUCCAGAUCCUACGCUGCGGUGUGCACCAGGCGCUCAGAAAGGCGGCUACGAGAGCUGCGUGGGAGAUAGCGAAACUGAUUUACUCCCUUGAUAGCACUGAUCCGCUCGGGAUGCUGUUGCAGCUCGACUACUUGGCACUUCGAACAAAGGGAUGGGGAUGGCUGUUGGAGGUGUACUUUAUUGUUACACGCGAACUGGCCCGCGACACCAACGGUGCUGAGGGCGAUACGGUGAGUCACAUGUGGUCCAACCGCACGCUGGCGUUGGCGCUGUCGGCCCUUCCCGGCUUUUUUUUCAGCGCCGCCCUUGUCAAACACUUUCUUGAGCGGGAGGAGCUGGCACGGGCAUGUGGGUCGGGGCCGGGGGAGAACAAGCCGUCCAAAGUUAUACGUGACAUGACGGCGGCGCAGCUCCGCGCCUUCCACAACACUCCGUCUGCUUCAGUGAUGCUGGCAGACGCCAUUGGAAGGUUCCCCUCCGCAGCAGUGCUUCUUGUCGAGAAAGUUGGGGAGCAGACGCUGCUGCCAUCGGCCCCGCCGCCAUGGCGGGACGUCGUGAAGGCGCACGAAACGUCUACCGAGGAGAGCUUGCAUGUAGCGGCGUUGUGGGUGGCAAGGAACACUGAGAUGUGGAAGGCAGCGGAGCCGACUGCCUUCUUGCGGCGAGUCCUUACAGAGGAUAAUGGGCUUUGGCUGUCGUCCUAUAGCCCUGCUGCUGCUGGUGCUGGUGCUGCUGCCGCUUUGCGCCGCACUGCUCUUCCCACGUCAUGGUCACACGCGUCGCUCAGGGAGGAGGACUUGAUGAAGCAGACGAUGAUGACGAUUCCCGCUCACUUGCUGGAUGCUGACGAAAUAACGGAAGAGGACAUGCGUGAUGCGACACGUCGUGCGACACUUCGAGAGCUGACGCCUCUGGAGCAGGAUGCUUUGUUGCGCUUCCGGGCCCUGUAUGGCCCUUUGUCACCGGCGACGCUUACGCCGGCGCAACAGCUCAUGCAGUACACUCUUAUGUUUGACGAGGAGGGACGGGAACGGCGCAUCGGUGAGGAGCAGAACCCCUUUAUGCUCUUCCUGCGGACAUUCUUGCCUUGGAACAGUACGAGGGACAUGGCACUGCUUGCCGCUCUGGAGGCCGCCGGCAUUCCCGAUCCUGUGGUGGAGAACAACAGGCAACGGCGGUUGGAGGACGAGGCGUUCUGGCAGCACGAGGAGGAGGCUGACGAAGCUGAGUGGGAGACGGAGAGCAGCUGGGAGAGCGACGAGUACGUUGGGAACGACAAUGAUACUGAGGAGAGUGGGGCUGCGUGA